GUCCGGAGACUCGGCGGUGGAGCGGAAGAGGCGGCGAGCGCUCCGGAGCAGGUUCUUUCCUUGUUGAUUUCGCUGAAAAGGGAUGGCGGUGCCAGGCGCGUCGGGGAAGAUGCUGCUGUUGCCGCCGCCGCGGGGCCGCCUUUCUGUAGGACUGACCCUGCUGCUCCUUCAGCUCCUCUUUGCGGAGCUGCCGAGCCCGGCUGGAGCCAGCCAGCUCUCCAAGUGGGAAGUGCCGCUGCCCGUGAAGACAUAUUUUCAUUUUGGAAAAAUUCUGUUUAGCAACACUACUAUUUUCCUAAAGUUUACUGGCAAUGAAAGCGCCUGUGAUCCUUCUCAAAGUUACAUUAUAAGGUGGUACUUAAGAUACUCCUAUUGCUACAAUGAGGUCUUCAAUUUUGGGGAUGAACAGGCAAAUAUAUAUUUUCAGAGCAUUUCGGAACAACAUCCAAAUUGGGCAGGAUACUAUGCUAUGUCUGAACUCUCCUUCCCCAAUUGUAGUGAGCUCUUCAAGCCACAGAAUUUCUACAGUGAAUUUGUUCAUCCAGUCCUCUUAAGCAGUAAAGAGGAUAGGAAAGAGAAUGGAACAAACACUACUGUAGUAGAGAAUUUUGCAAUGAAUGCUGUAAUGCAAACAUGGCAAGAUGGGCCAUAUAUCUUUAUUGUAAAGGCUGAUACUUUACCUUCAAAGGAUGGAGCAAACAUUAAAGGAACACAUGAAGAAUUACCAAAUGUUAUGGCUCCUUCCGAUCAACCCAAAGCACCAAUUAUCAUGACUGUGGAAGUUAUUGGACCAUAUGAAUACCUUUCUCUAGCAGAUUAUCCUCUUAUGAUUUUCUUCAUGGUGAUGUGUAUUGUAUAUGUGUUGUUUGGCGUUCUGUGGUUUGCAUGGUCAGCCUGCUACUGGCGGGAUCUUCUAAGGAUACAGUUUUGGAUUGGUACAGUUAUCUUACUUGGAAUGUUGGAGAAAGCUGUAUUCUAUGCAGAAUUCCAGAAUAUUCGCUAUACAGGAAAAUCCGUCCGAGAGGCACUAAUCCUGGCUGAGCUACUUUCAGCAUUGAAACGUUCCCUUGCUCGAAUUCUUGUUAUCAUAGUGAGUCUGGGAUAUGGCAUAGUAAAACCUCGUCUGGGAGUUACUCUUCAUAAAGUAAUUGCAGCUGGAGUCCUUUAUUUAUUAUUUUCUGGUGUGGAAGGUGUCCUCAGAGUCACUGGGUCUUUCCAUGGUAUUACAGCUGCUGUAGCUAACUUCGGACUGUCUAUCAUUGACUCCUGUAUUAUUUAUUGGAUAUUUAUCAGUUUAACUCAAACGAUGAAAUUGCUGAAGCUUAGGAGGAAUGUUGUGAAGCUAUCUCUUUACCGGCACUUUACCAAUACACUCAUCUUGGCAAUAGCAGCAUCUAUUGUUUUUAUCAUCUGGACAACUUUGAAAUUCAGACUGAUGGAUUGUAAGUCGGACUGGCAAGAGCUGUGGGUUGAUGAUGCCAUCUGGCGGCUGUUGUUCUCAAUGAUUCUUUUUGUCAUCAUGAUUCUUUGGAGGCCAUCUGCAAAUAACCAGCGGUUUGCUUUUUCACCAUUGUCUGAAGAAGAUGAGGACGAUGAACAGAAAGAGCCAAUGUUGAAAGAGAGUUUUGAAGGCAUGAAAAUGAGAACUUCAAAACAAGAAUCAAAUGGAAAUCCUAAAACCAACAAAGCACAAGAAGAUGAUUUGAAAUGGGUAGAAGAGAAUGUUCCUUCUUCUGUGACUGAUGCGGCUUUGCCAGCAUUACUGGAUUCAGACGAGGAAAGAAUGAUCACACACUUUGAAAGAUCCAAAAUGGAAUGAAAGAUAAUACGACUUGCAGAAGCAGCUGUCUUACUGCUGUUUGAGAAAGGAAGACACCUUGUCUCUCUUGCAAUGUUCCAGUUCUGCUUUCUCUGAUAUGUUCCAUGAACUUUGGAACUACUGAUUGGUAUCAGAGGGAUUUUUUUUUUGUGAGGUCAGCAUGGAGGGAAUUUCAGUCAUGAAAAGAUUUGCAUUUGCACUGUUUGCUGCCAGUGUCCUAUUUAAACUAUGGAAAUGUCUUUUAUUGCAGCAAAUUCUUGUAAAGUAUUUAAGUUAAAACACUUAACAAUUGGCAGAGCAACUUUUAAUUCAACACUAGAUCUAAAUCCCAUGAUUUAACUAUAAGGGGUGAGAGAAAACAAGAAGUUUCUUGUAAGGAUGAAUCAUGUGCAGAAGUUUCUUCAAACAAGCCAAAAGUGACCUCUGCUUGUAGAUAAUUUCCAGCAUGGUGUAUUCAGUAAGAUGCUGCACUUAAUUCCAGUAUCCUCUACUUGAGACUGUAAAUGGGGGUUUGAUUCCUAUCUCUAUCCACUUUUCUUGGAGGACUUAUAUUGUCAGAGCUGACAGAAUCAUCAUGUCAUCUGUAAAAAUACUUUGCAUACAAAAAACAUGUAUGCAACACCCUGUUGUGUGUGAGAAAUCUUGAAUCAGGAUCAGUGCCUUUUCUCUUAGAAACAAUAGCUAUUGUCUGAAGAUUCUGCUGUCUGGCUAGGAAAAUAAGAGAGUUUUUGAAGGAAGACUUUGCUUAUGGAAAACUCCAAAAGAAAUAUUUGGAAGAAAUUAUGAUGCUUAAUAUUUUUAGCAAAAUUAAGUGCACUUUUUUCAUUCCAUAACAUAAAAAAUACUUUCAAUUUAAUGUACUUAAAAGCAAUUAUUACUUAAUCCCAAAUUUGUUGCUAUGAGGUCUGAACAAGAGCAGUUAAUCAUUUGAAUUGGAACAGUAAUUGAAUGAAAACGCCAUUGAACAUCAUAGUACGUACCAACUAUCCCUAUUUCCAUGUUAAAAUUAUUUAUGCUAGGUUUAUUGAGCCCAAAAAGAUUUGAGCCACUGAUUCAUAAGGUCAAACAGAACCUAUCAGCUGUGAAUUGUGAUACUGUAAUUUGUCAAAACUGAAACAUUUUUGAUUUGAAAUUACUUAUAAGUGGCAAGCUCCAGUUGGGCUAUGUUUGACUUUAAAUUGUUACUUUCAGUUGAUUAACCUGUGCUAAAUUUGCUUGGGUGAGAUCUUUGUAAAAAGUAGUAGUCAUAAAUGGGAAGUAUUCUGUUUUGCA